AUCCCAUAUCCCUUCACCAUCCCAAGCUCAAAGCAAUCCUAUCCCAUGCUCUCUGAAAAAUCAAAAGUUGACAAUGGCAACCACUGUGAAUCCCACCUUGAUCUGUUAUCGAAACCCUAAUUAUCCAUUCCUACUCAGAGAUAAUCUCUCCUUCUCAUCAUCACCGACCCUCACGAAAUUCUUUAGCAAGCCCUCGUCGUUGUCAAUUUCUCCCCCAACUCUAAUAACUGUGAAAUGCUCCAACAAUUCGGAACAGGGACAAUCGGACGGUGUUGGUGGUGAUGGUGGUCUGAAGGAGGUGUUGUCAGGAAUGGUGGACGAGCGAGUGGAGGAACUGUUGAACAGAGAAGAGAACAGGGUUUUGCUUGAUGGGUUAGAGAAAGCGACCCAGAGAGUAGAAAUUGCGAAGAGAGAGCUUGCAGAGAUCCAAAAACAGGAAAUUGAAGCGAAGCAGUUGAGGGAGUACGUCAACCAGCUCGAAUCCAGAACUUCUGAGAUUGCAGAAUGUGAGAAGGAAAUAUUAGAAGCAAGGGCAAUGGUGGAAGAAGCACAGCGCUCUCUAAACAUUGAUGGAGAUGAUUAUGCUAUUAUUGAGGAGGUAGAAACUGAAGAAAUCGAUAGAAAUGAAGAGAGGUUGGAGUCUAUAAAAGCUGCUUCUAUUUCUGCCUUAGUUGGCAGUCUUGCAGGGCUCCCCAUUUUCUUCACUCAAGUAACCGACAUUUCUCAGCUAAUUCUCCCUUUAGCAACCACCUUCAUCAGCUGUGCUCUAUUUGGAGUAACUUUUCGAUAUGCAGUAAGAAGAGACUUGGACAAUUUUCAGCUAAAGACAGGGACUUGUGCAGCCUUUGCCUUUGUAAAAGGUGUUGGUACAGUAGAUGGUGGACCACCUUUGGAAUUGGAAAUUGGGAGCUUCUUGUCACAUGCUCUUAUUGGUGCAGCUUAUAUAUCUGAGAAUCUUUUAAUCUUUUUAUUCGCUGCGGUCGCUCUGGAUUUCUGUUACAAGAUGAGGGUAUUAAGUCCAUUUCCUAUUAAAAAAUCGGCCUCAUAGACUAUUAGUAGGUGAAGGGCUAUUUUUUGACAACACAGAAAAUUGCUUUCUUUUGGUGGAUGUACAAUUUCUUGGUCACCUGGUUUUAAUACCCAUCACUUGAAUUUCAGACGUUGUAAAUGAAGUAACCAAAAUCUUUCAAGCAAUUAGUUAAGAAAAUUGUUUUAUUCACUGAAUUUUUUCA